CUCCAUUCAAAGUAGAGUGUGCUAUCCACAAGUUCAACAAACACAUCUAACAAUUCAAUCUUCUUCUAUUAUCUCAUUCAUCCACACCAUUGCAAACUCCAAUACUUGUGAAGCCAAGAAGAAAAAAAAAACACAAAUUAUAAAAAUUAAAAAAUACCCUUUUCAAUGGAAUCUGUUCUAAGCCAAGUUGGUGUAGUUUUCUACCAAAAGACACAAUUAAUUGAGAGAAAAAGGGGAAUCAUAGGUACCAAUUUCAACACUUGUUCAUUUGGUAUUGGUGGAGUUGAUGUUAAGAGAGUAAGGAGUAUGGUGGUGGUGAAAGCAGAAACAGGGGGUGUGAAUAGUAUAAAUCCAGAUAUAAGAAAGAACGAAGAAAAGGUUGUUGAUUCUGUUUUGGUUAAUGAACUUUCCAAGCCUCUUACCCCUUAUUGCAGAUGUUGGAGAUCAGGGACUUUUCCUCUAUGUGAUGGAAGCCAUGUAAAGCACAAUAAAGCUACUGGGGAUAAUGUUGGGCCACUUCUUGUGAAAAAAUAAAAUUAAUGAUUUUAACUUAUGUUAUGAGAGAAAUUACAUUUUUAAAGGUUGUUUAUGUAUUACAUUUCAAUGUUAGAAAUAAAAUGUGGCUUAAUUUGCAACUCA